UAAAAGGGAGGAGAAACCAAACUUUCAAAGUUCUCUCUCCUUCUCUUCAACGAUCAGCCAUGGCUGCUGCUUCAGUGGCAUCUCAGUCAUUCUUCUGCGAGUUGCAGCAGAAACCGGCGUCCCCUAAGAAGGACUUGGCCGUUACACGAGUCCGAAUCCCGGACGCGUCGUCGCCGGAGAACAGUAAGAUCAUGCUGCAGCCGAGACUAUGCAAUUUGAGAACUUAUGGCGCUCCGAGCAGUGGCUUGUUGAAAGCAAGAGAAGACUCGCGUGUCUCUCCCUUCUUCGAUUCUCUGUCUGCUUAUAUCGAUAAUUCAAGGAAAACCGAGUUCGUCGAGAUCCUGUCCGGUCGUCUGGCCAUGAUAGCAUUCGCAGCAGCAGUAGGGGUGGAAAUGGUGACGGGCAACUCCUUGUUCGGGAAGGUGGGGAUGCAGGGGAUAGUAGAGGGAGGUGGGCUGUGCCUGGGAGCCGUCGCGUGUGCCGCUACUUUUGCCUUCUUGUCGACGGCCCGGACCAGGGUGGGCAACAUCUUCACCUUGAGCUGCAACAGCUUGGUCGACUCCCUCAUCGACAAUCUAGUGGACGGGCUCUUCUAUGAAGAUGACUUUCAGGACUGGCUGGAUGACAUAUAAAUCAAUACCCUUCUCUCUUUCUAUAUGUUCUCUCUUUUUCCUUUGCUGUUUAUGAAUGUAGUUAGUUAUGAAGAUUUGGAAAAAGAACAGCCAUGUAAAGUUUCACAGGUGUCUGAGUUUCUAGGAGAACACACAUUAUGUAGGGUUAUCAUAUAAGGCAAAUGGUAUAUAUAAUAUGUAUGAAUAUUGCUGUUA